AUUAGAAGCGCACUUUUGGAAUGUUUACAAAUAUUUGCUUAUAGACAACAAUUCUUCUUGCAAGAAAAGCUUCCAAAAUUAUUUGAAAUUAUUACAGCAAUGCUCAGAGACUCUCAGCCAGAAGUUAGACAAAUGGCCUCUAUUACGCUCUCAGGUUUCUUAAAGAUCAGCAGCACUGACUAUUCGAAAAAGUUGAUUCCUGAAUUCCAAGAAAAGGCAACCAAACCAAAGAAGACAACCAAUGACAAACUCCCAAAGGAAAGUAUUGAUCGUCACAGUGGUAUCCUUGGGUUGAGCGCUGUUGCUUUGGCAUUCCCAUAUUCCAUUCCUGAUUUUAUGCCAGAAAUGCUCGUCUUUUUGGCCAAGUUCUCCAAUGAUAGUGUUCAAUCUAUUAGAGAAACUGUUAAAAAGACAUUCCAAGAAUUUAUCAAAUGCCAUUCAGAUAUGUGGCAAAUUCAUGAAAUGAAAUUCACUGAGGAUCAAUUAAGAACUCUUCAUGACCUAUUCCAAACCAGCUCUCCUUCCUAUUAUGCUUAA